AUGUCUUCGCAUGGUCUAACUGGCUUCCGUCUGUUCUACAAUGAGGUGGUCGCCGACGUGAGGGCGGAGCUUCUCGCACGUCUAGGCUCUGAGGUGUGCCGUAUUUCUGACUUUUAUAGUGCGCAGACUGUCCCUCUUGCCGAUGUGCAGCGUGAAGUAGCCCGGCUAUGGAAGGAAUGUCCGAAUCAGGAGGAAUAUCGCAAGAAGGCAGCUUCUAUGGCCCAGGCGGACGGAGCUGCCGAAUUUCAGAGCAAAACAGAGACUGGAGACAUCGUGAUUCCACCUCAUCGGCUCAAAAGAAUCCUCGAUUUGGACGACGAAGCGCCAAGGAUGACCAAGGAUGCGCUGAGGACGCUAGGUCAGGCUACGGUGCUCUUCUUAUCGCAGUUUGCUGGCCAUGUCGAUAAACACAUCUUAGACACGUGGUCAAGCUUCCCGGUUAAACCGGAGCAUAUCGCAAGCGUCUUCAGCAACCCGCUGUACCCAAAGUAUCAGUUCCUCGCCGGUGCUGAGGACAAGCUGUUCAAUUCAACCGGUACACAUCAAAAGGAUGCGUCAAUUUCUGUGAGUGAGAGCGUUACUAUGGAGGCUGAGGCGGAUAAGUCAAACGACGAGCCUUCGGAGCAGGCGCAAGGAAUGGCCGAUAAGUCCGAGGCGACUCAGCCAGCAAAAUCAACUGUGCCUCAACCGCCCACCAAGUCACGUCAACCGUCUAUUCUGAGCUAUUUUAGCAUCGAUAAGACCAAGAAAAGGCCGGCCUCCUGGGUCAAGACCAAGCCCCUGCAGCUCGAGCAGCAAAUCGUGAAGCUUGCCAAGAAGGGUAUGACCCCCUCGCAAAUCGGUGUGGUGCUUCGUGAUUCCAACGCUGUGCCCAUGGUGAAGGCCAUCACGAACAACAAGAUCCUUCGUAUCCUCAGGGGUCACGGCUGGGCGCCGGACAUUCCGGAGGACCUCUACUUCUUGGUCAAGAAGGCUGUGGUGAUGAGGAAGCACAUGGAGCACAACCUCAACGACAAGGACUCGAAAUUCCGCCUCAUUUUGCUCGAGUCCAAGAUCCACAGGCUUGCGCGCUACUGCAAGAAGAAGCGCCGACUUCCUGCCAACUGGAAGUACAAGUCGGAGACUGCCAGCGCCCUCUUGGGUUAG